CGGUAGCGUCUGAAAUUCCGACAUGGCGUCCUCAUUGAUUUGCAGCGAAAUUCAAAGCAGGGUGAGUUCAGUACUAAACAGAGAUGUUAAGCAGUAUGGCAAGAAGUACAUGUUUGACUGCAAUGAAGAGACAUGCUGGAACUCAGACCAGGGUGAAUGUCAGUGGGUGUUGCUGGAGUUCCCCCAGUCUGUUAAGGUGUCAGAGUUAAGGCUCCAGUUCCAGGGAGGCUUCUCAGCAAAAACAUGCAGACUAGAAGGUUGCCCGAAAGAGGGAGACUUUACAGCGAUCAGCCAUUUUUAUCCAGAGGACAACAACUCUCUUCAGAGCUUUCCCAUACAGGAGGCCCCUGCAGUGGACAAAGUAAAAAUAAUGUUUGAGAAUAGUGCCGACUUUUUUGGGAGAAUAAUUGUUUAUUCCUUGGACGUCCUGGGGGAGAAAGCCUCAUGACCACUUUUUUUUAAUGCACUCAUGAGAGAGGAAAUGACCCGAGUAAAGUAUCGGGUGCAGGAUGGUGUGGUGGCACUUGGGAAACAUGUCAUCUGUACUGCCACCUCAUGAACUGAUAUGAAUGUGGCCUUUUUUGGUAUGGACGCUUUCAGGGAUCUGUCAAGCCAUCUCACCCAUGAUCACUUAAACACAGAAGGCUUGGCAUGAAGUCUGAAUCUUAAUUUUUUAAUUGCAGAUUUAAUGGGUUUUGUAUGAUUUUGAUCAUUUUUGUCACACUCUUGAUAGUCAGAUUGUGCCUCUGAGUUGAAGCGCCAUUCCAGUGGAACACACAGUGUAAAAAUACAUUUUUAUUAAAACAUGUUUACAGUCCUUUUUUGCUGCCCUUCAGCCAAACAAAAUAAUUCCACUGUACACAACCAUCACAUUUUAGUCCUAGCUUGUAUAAAGUUUCAGAACACUGUAAUGCAUACAAAGCAAUGCAUACAAAUGGAAUAAACUGUUUAUAAAAUGGCAAAUGCAUUUUACUCAGUGUAAAUGUAUCUGCAUAUGCACUCGUCUAUUACAAUGACUUGUUAUCGUGACAGAGGUCUCCAUCGUCUCACCACAGAUGAUGGCCGGUUGUAGAUCUGUGAUCAACAGUGUCAGAAUGCAUUAAUACACUUUAACUCGUGUCAUGUUGGCGACUUGUAGAGUUUCAGAAUAUGGUCCUCCAACACUUUUUGAACUGGAAACAAAAGAAAUGGAAGUGUUAAUUCUGCAAAGCAUUUUUCCAGUAGCCUCUUGUAAAAAGAUAACACAUUUAUUGGAUAUAAGAAGACAAUACGUACUCUUUUUGUGUCCAAGGGCAACAGCUAAGGCCAUUGGACUGUAACCAGAAUCAGACUCAAUGGUCAUGUCUGCCCCGUUGGCUGCAAGAAAGUACAGUAAUGGCAAUUAUUAAAGCAUUCAAACAGAAGCCGGUAGAAUUUGUCACGACUUUACAAUAUAGGCAUGCAUUGUACCUAAGAGUGCUUCUACACAUUUGAUGUGGUUCCCUCGUACAGCAUAAAGAAGAGGAGUCCCACCAUUCUGAGAUAAAACACAAGAGGGUUCAUUAAAAACAAAACACAUCACAUUGUAGUUAUACUUCUGUGUUUAAUGGACAUUUUUGCUUAUUUUAAUAAUGUGUUGCCUUGCCAUAACUAAUAAUUGUAGUGGAUUUGUGAUGACAUGUCUGAGAUAAAGUCCUUAUGUACCCAG